GUAGUGAAAGGCCAGGCGGCGAGCAAGAUGGCGGACUGAGUGGCUGUAGCGUCCCCGAUUGUAAAUGACCACAUAACCGCAAAUGUAGGAACAAAUACAUAAAUGGUUCGUCUUUUCUCAAGCCCACCAAAUGGAAUUUGUUACCUGAAGUGAAGAUUGAAGACGUGAUAGAAGAUGGACGACUACUGCUAUGCUAAGAUGGCGACGUCCGCUAAAAGAGAACAUGAAAGAGAAUCAACUUCCAGCAAAUCACCAACGGAGAUAAAGACGAAAGAUGAAGAUGUCCAGCAGCUGAUCGGUAAUCCAGAAGAAGUUUCCCCUCAGUUAGGGGGGAGCUCCACUUUGAAGCAAGAGACUCCACAACCACCCUGCAUUAAAAAGGAAGAGGAGGAACUCUGCAUCACUCAGGAGGGAGAGUGUCUUCUAGGACGAGAGGAAGCUGAUUACACCAAGUUUCCACUGAGUAUUCUCUCUGUGAAGACUGAAGAUGAUGAAGAGAAACCACAAGUAGACAACCUCUUAGCUCCACUAUCAGAUAGUGAGGCUGAAGACGAGGUUAAAAAACCUUUGAGCAGCGAUAAAGACUGUGAAGGAGAUAUGAGGACUCACACUGACAACAAACACUUUGACUCCUCAAAAAAGAAGAAAGGCAUCCAGCAGCUGAUUGGUUGUCCAGAAGAAGUUUCCCCUCAGUCAGUGUGGAGCUCCACUUUGAAGCAGGAGACUCCACAACCACCCUGCAUUAAAAAGGAAGAGGAGGAACUCUGCAUCACUCAGGAGGGAGAGUGUCUUCUAGGACGAGAGGAAGCUGAUCUCACCAAGUUUCCACUGACUAUUAUCUUUGUGAAGACUGAAGAUGAUGAAGAGAAACCACAAGUAGACAACCUCUUAGCUCCACUAUCAGAUAGUGAGGCUGAAGACGAGGUUGAAGAACCUUUGAGCAGCGAUAAAGACUGUGAAGGUGAUAUGAGGACUCACACUGACAACAAACACUCUGAUUGCUCUAAAAAAGAGACAGGUAAAAAACAUUACAGCUGCUCAGUUUGUGCUAAAAGUUAUACUAGAAAGAACCAUUUGACUCAACACAUGAGAACACACACAGGAGAAAAACCCUUUACUUGUUCAGUUUGCGGUAAAAGCUUCUUUCAAAAGAGCAGUUUGACUCUACACAUGAGAACACAUGCAGGAGAGAAACCAUUUAAUUGCUCAGUUUGUGGUAAAAGCUUUUCUCAGAAUAGCAGUUUGACUUUACAUAUUAGAGCACACGCUGGAGAAAACACAUUUAAUUGCUCAGUUUGUGGUAAAAGCUUUUCGCGAAAGGACAAUUUGUCUCGACACAUGAGAACACACACAGGAGAGAAACCGUUCAACUGCUCCGUUUGUGGGAAAAGUUUUUGUCAAAAAAUUGAUUUGACCCGACACAUAAGAAGACACACAGGAGAUAAAUCAUUUAUUUGCUCGGUUUGUGACAAAGGUUUUUCACGAAACAGCUGUUUGACUCAACAUAUGAGAAAACACACAGGAGAAAAAGCAUUUAGUUGUUCAGUUUGUGGUAAAAGAUUCAGUCGUAAUGCAGCCGCAGUAAAACACUUAAGAAAUCACACGGGAGAAUAACCAAUUUUUUUUUUAUUGCAGUCUUUUAGCGUCCCCAGUUUUCAUCCCAUCUGAACUGUUCAGGUAUGAAAAUGUACUCCGGCUGAAAAUCAUUGGUUAUCAAAUAUUCAUCUUCCCAGAACACAAAGAUUACCCAGAUUUCCAGGACAUUUUUUUUUCAUUGAAAAGGAAUGGGCCAAUUUUCCACAUUUCUCACCCGAUUUGAACCGUUCCACCAUCCACAGACUCCACUCACCCUGGACAUUCAAGCCAAAUUGUUUUCAAGUUCCAAAAUUCCCCUUAUUUACAGGAUUUACCAGGACCAUUUCCCCAUAGGACAGGGGUCGGCAACCUUUACCAGUCAAAGAGCCAUUUUGACCAGUUUCACAAAUUAUAGAAAACAAUGGGAGGCGCAACAUUUUUUUGAAAUUGUAAAUGAAAUAACACUGUAUACAAAGUUUUUUAUUUGCUUUGUAUUAACCAGGGGUCUCAGACACGC